UUCAACAUCCAAAAGAUGAAUAACAUUGAGGCUUCUUUAUCGAUAAAAUCAACAAUUUUCUUCCUCAUGAUCUUAGUCUUUACUAGACCUAUAAUCUCCAAAGAUUUUCUUCAAUGCAUGGCCACCAGAUACUCUACCACAAUUGUUUAUACAAGAGACUCAACCUUAUACCCUUCUGUAUUCCAAAAAUCACAACAAAACCCAAGGUGGUUAAACUCUUCCUUGGCCUUCAAACCACUCUACAUAGUCACCCCAUCACAAGAACCCGAGAUCGGAGCUGCAAUCCUCUGCAGCAGAGAGCACGGGUUCCAAGUUAGAGUUCGAAGUGGUGGUCACGACUAUGAGGGCCUAUCCUACCUAAGCAGAACUCCUUUUGUCCUCAUUGAUCUCAUCCACCUUCGCAUGAUCACAUUCAACACGGAGGACCAGACGGCGUGGGUGCAAUGUGGGGCUACCCUAGGAGAGCUCUACUACAACAUUGCACAGAGAAAUAACACCUAUGGUUUCCCUGCUGGUGUGUGCCCUACUGUCGGGGUUGGAGGCCAUAUAAGUGGGGGCGGGUUUGGGACUCUGACAAGGAAAUACGGCCUGGCAGCAGAUCAUGUGGUGGAUGCUAGGUUGGUUGACGCGAAUGGUCAGGUUUUGGACAGGAAGUUGAUGGGAGAAGAGGUGUUUUGGGCUAUUAGAGGUGGUGGAGGGGCAAGUUUUGGGGUGAUUACUGCAUGGAAGAUUAAGUUGGUUCUAGUUCCAGUCACUGUAACAGUUUUUACAGUGCACAAAAGUUUGGAGCAAGGGGCUAAUAAGCUCAUUGACAAAUGGCAGUGGAUUGCAUAUAAGUUGCCUGAAGAUCUGUUCAUAAGGGUCAUAGUUCAAAAUAUAGGAGGGAAUUAUGGGGUAAAGAAAACUAUUCAAGCUUCUUUCAACUCAAUGUUUCUAGGGAAUAUUCAGAGCCUAAUCCCGUUAAUGAAGCAUAGCUUCCCUGAGCUGGAACUAGAGGAAAAAGACUGCAAGGAAAUGAGCUGGAUUGAAGCAGUCCUAUACUUUGCUGGGCAUCCAAGCGACACACCAAAGGAAGUUCUUCUAGACAGAGAUCAUCAACUUUACAAAAGCUAUUUCAAGGCAAAGUCCGACUUCAUAAACCAACCCAUACCUGAAAUCGCCUUUCAACAAGCGUGGGAGAGGCACUUGCAGGUAAACGAGGCCUACAUGGUGAUGGAACCACUAGGUGGGAUAAUGAGCCGCAUACCAGAAACCCAAAUAGCUUUCCCUCACAGAGGAGGAAACCUAUACAACAUACAGUAUAUAGUGAAGUGGAAAGUAAAUGAGGCUGAGGAAGCUAAAAGGCAUAUUCACUGGAUGAGAAUGCUUUACAAGUUUAUGAGUCCAUAUGUUUCUAACUCCCCAAGAACUGCCUAUUUUAAUUAUAGAGACCUUGAUUUGGGAAUUAAUGGGAUUCACGGAACUACAAGCUAUGUGGAAGCUGGGGACUGGGGUACAAAGUACUUCAAGAAUAAUUUCGAGAGGUUAGCUAAGGCGAAAAGAAGCAUUGAUCCAAGUAAUUUCUUCAGGGAUGAGCAGAGUAUUCCACCUUUUGGCUAAAUGGAGGAAAACACAUGCAACCUUGUGUCUGUCUAGUUUAUAGGCCAAUUACAUGUAAACUGAUUCCCACAAACAAAACUCAUCUAUGCAAAACAGGAAGCAGCAAAUGGUAACCAACCACCAC